AUGUUCAAGCAGACAUUUUCGUCUAUUUUCACUGUACUGCUGAUUGCAAAUAUGCAGAUAGCAAUACUAGUUGUGGCUGCAGUUGAACCUGCAGCUGUGGGCAGCGAACCAGUUCUGGAAAUAUACAUGCAUGACAUCCUUGGAGGGAGUAGCCCUACGGCUAGGCCAAUCACUGGCUUGCUAGGCAAUAUAUACAGCAGUGAAGUGCCCUUUGCAAAGCCGAUAGGGUUCCUUCCUCCAGAUGGUGCUGUGGCUAUUCCUAAUGCCAACGGUGCCAUUCCAACUGUGAAUGGAGGCAAUGGUCUCCCACUAGGAACCGGCUUAUCUGGUACAUCCUUCGCUGGAAAUCCUAAUGGUGAAAAGAAUGGCAAUACAGCUACCCAACUGGCACCAGACGGGUUGGGACUAGGCUUUGGGACAGUCACCGUUAUUGAUGACAUACUGACCUCUAGUCCCGAAUUGGGUUCACAGACAAUUGGGAAAGCUCAAGGAGUCUAUGUGGCAAGCUCUGCGGAUGGAUCAAGUCAGCUGAUGGCAUUUACGGCUAUGAUGGAAGGAGGGGAGUACAAUGAUAACCUCAACUUCUUCGGAGUGUACAAGAUUGGGAGUAGCAAGUCACAACUGUCAGUGACUGGCGGAACGGGCAAGUUCAAGAAUGCCAAUGGAAUUGCAGAGUUGAAACCACUGAUUCCUCCAGGUCAACGAGCAACAGAUGGUGCAGAAACAUUGCUAAGGAUUACCGUUCACUUGAAGUACUGA